AUGACAACGGUCCGCGCCCAAAACUUGCAGGACCUCAUCUACAAGCGCGGCCAGGCCGGUGUCACAAAGGCCUCGGUGACCAUCGUCUUUGACAACAAGGACAAGGCCAAGUCGCCCAUCGGCUUCGAGGACUAUCCCACCAUCUCUGUCACUCGCCAAAUCGUCCUCGGCGGCACUUCCAAAUACCUCAUCAAUGGCCACCGCGCUCAGCAAACCACCGUCCAGAACCUAUUUCAAUCCGUCCAACUCAACAUCAACAACCCCAAUUUCUUGAUCAUGCAGGGUCGCAUCACCAAGGUCCUGAACAUGAAGAAGGAAGAGAUUCUGGGAAUGGUCGAGGAGGCUGCAGGAACCCGCAUGUUUGAGGAUCGCAGAGACAAGGCUUUCCGUACAAUGGCAAAGAAGGAGAUGAAGGUUCAAGAGAUCAUGGAGCUUCUACGCGACGAGAUCGAACCCAAGUUGGACAAAUUGCGACAAGAGAAGAGAGCCUUCCUUGACUUCCAACAAACGCAGAACGAUCUGGAACGCCUUACGCGACUGGUCGUGGCUUACGACUAUCUCAAGAGCAAGGAAAAGCUUCGUAUGAGCGAAAAAGACUUGAAUGACAAGAGACAGAGAGCCAUGUUUCUCGAGAGCAAUGCAGAGAAGCUGAAGAACGAGAUUGCCUUCCUGCAAGAGGACAUGGACAAGGUCAAAGCUGCAAGAGACAAGGAGUUGAGAAAAGGUGGUAAAUUCCAGGCUCUGGAAGACAAGGUCAAAGAACACUCUCACGAACUGGUCAGAUUGACUACAGUCUUGGAUCUCAAAAAGUCAAGCAUGGCUGAAGAGAACGAAAACCGCGCAAAAAGCCAGGCCACUGUCCAAGAACUCGGCAAGCAACUCGAGCAAAAGUCCCAACUACACAAGCAGCUCCAGGAACGUUACGACACAGCCAAUGCCGAACUCCAGAAGCAAACCGCCGAGGUCGAACAGAAGGAGGAACUUCUCCAGACAUUACAAACUGGUGUCGCUUCCAAGGAAGGCCAGGAAGGUGGAUACCAAGGUCAACUUCAAGACGCUCGCAACCGACUCAGUGCCGCGUCAACCGAACAAGAACAAGCCAAACUCAAGAUCUCGCAUCUGGAAAAACGUUUGAAGGAGGAUGAGCCUCGGGCCAAGAAGGCAGAGAAGGAAAACGCUGGCUUGUUGAAAUCACUCGAUGGCCUUCGUUCUGAGGCAAAGGCGCUGGAGGCCGAGCUCUCAAGAAUUGGCUACGAGUCCGGUCGGGAAGAAUCCAUGCACAAAGAACAAUCACAGCUACAACAACGCAUUCGCGAAUUGAAAGAGCAAGCUGAUGCUCUCAAGAGACGAGUCGCGAACAUUGACUUCAGCUACAGCGACCCGACGCCGAACUUUGAUCGUUCAAAGGUUAAGGGGUUGGUGGCACAGCUGUUCGCUUUGGACAAGAACUUUACUCAAGCAGGCACAGCCCUCGAAAUAUGCGCUGGAGGCCGUUUGUACAAUGUUGUAGUUGACACCGCGCAGACCGGUACACAACUACUGCAAGAUGGCAAGCUGAAGAAGAGAGUGACCAUCAUUCCGUUGAACAAAAUCUCUGCCUUCCGCGCCGCUUCUGAGGUAUACUCAAUCUUUAUCCGUUCUACAAUGCGUCCGUACUAA